AGCACUGUUUGAGAUGCUGCUGCAAGGCAGGUCACGUGUGCCGCACAUCUACGCAGGCAGCGCAUCCUCAAGUUUCAGAACGUAACAGGAAACGCAGGGUCAAGCACAGAGCAAUGCAGUGUGACUUGGUUACUGGGAAGGUUAUGUACACGCGGAAUUAAUACCGUAAUGUCAAACUGUCGUUUUUAGUGAGUGUGUAAACGGGAAAACACUAAGGUCCUAGUAAGUCGUAACAGACAACACGAGUGGAAAAUAAACCUUCCAAGAAGAACCGGUACAGACCAUAUUUAUUCUGGUUUUAAUACUCUUAUAGUUUCACAGUUAUGAAGAACCUUCCACAUUUCUGUAGAGGAGAAGUGGUUAAAGGAUUCGGUAGGGGAAGCAAAGAGCUUGGAAUCCCGACAGCUAACUUCCCAGAUUCUGUGGUUGAUCACCUGCCAGCUGAUAUCUGUACCGGAAUUUAUUAUGGCUGGGCCUGUGUUGGCAAUGGAGAUGUGCACAGAAUGGUUAUGAGCAUUGGCUGGAACCCUUACUACAAGAAUACAAAGAAAUCAAUGGAAACGCACAUUAUCCAUACAUUCAAAGAAGAUUUUUAUGGAGAAACCCUCAGUGUCGUGAUUGUGGGGUACAUCCGGCCGGAAAAAAGCUUUGACUCUCUUGAUUCACUUAUUGCAGCUAUACACAGUGACAUUGAAGAGGCUAAGAGGCGGCUAGAUUUACCUGAGCACUACAAACUGAAGGAAGACAUCUUUUUCAGGACGACAGUCGACCAAAUAAUGAACGGCCAUUGUUCAUUGUGAUACUGUAAUCCCUUCACAGCAUGUUACUGUCUGGUCUCUGGCAUUAUCAAGCAUGCUUUUAUCCGUAAUGUUGUCUAAUGUAAAACCUGUUCUCUUUGCGUGAAAGGCUAGUUUGUUACUAUAUAUGCAUUCAACUGUUGUUAUGGACCAUUAUCUGCAACCCCACUCGUGUAUGUGUAUAGUUUUGUAAGAUUUAAACUAUACACUUGGCCCAAGCACAAACUGUAUAAAUUUGUCUUUUAAAAAAACAAAACAAAACCAAAAAAACUGUCCACCCAAGGUGCUGGUGAGUGGUACAGCUUAUUUACAAGUGUCUUGUUUGAACCUCUUGGCCAGCCACGAGAGGAAGAAUAGUAACUUUCAAGGUGUCUUAGUAUGUCAUGUGCUGGUUUUGGCUGCGAUCUUGACUACACUGUUUCAUGCCUUCACAGAUGUCUGCCUGGCUGUAAUACCAUCAUCCUGGUAUAAUUCACAUGGUUUUGGACAAAGUUUUUAGUACCUUGUAGGAGUUGCAGUUUUAUCCUUAUUAUUUUUUUUUUACUGCUGCUUAAAACUAACUCUAAUAUUAAAGUGAAAAUGUCUUUCAACACAGCAGAGCAUCCUAGUCGCCCUUCACAGUCUAUGAAAGAUUACUCACCCAUAAUCUUUCCACUCAACAAAAAAAACAAAAGCAAAAAAACAGUUUUGGAAAUGGCAAGGUUUAAAGUAAAAAACACAACUAAGCGUAUCAGAAUCUCAUAUUGAAGAUUAUUUUAAGUGUCAGGAGGGUUAAACAUGAAUCAUUUACACUUUUGCAGAGUCUUCUACCCAAUCAGAUUUCUCUGUUCUCUGGCCAACUCCUUGUUUCAAAGAACUUUAUCAAAUUCACAAUUUUGCAACUUUCAAAGAUAAUGGGUGGAUAAUUAAUUUUAGCAUGACUAAUUUAAGAAGCAAAAUGAUUGCACUUCUGUUAUUAAAAAUGUUAUUUUAUUAAUGAGACUGAACAGUAUUAUACCCUUCAAUUUUUAACCCAAGGAAAAGUGUGAGUUUUACCAGAUGUAGACUGCUCGUUAAGCAUUAAGAUCCCGCAUUUACAUUAACACUCUGCUACACCAUAAAUGAUCCGAUACUAAUCUAGUUCAUACAAUUCAGUUAAUUAUUUUAGCAAUUAACAGUCCAGAUAACAAAAAAUGGCUACAUGACAUUUAACAUUGUGGUAACAAAUAUUAAUUUAAAAGUAGCCUGCAUGUUUGGAAAAUAUUAAAAUUAUAUAUAAAUUGUUUAAAAUGUAAAUAAUGCAUAAAAACUGCCCCUUAAUGAAGAACUGAAAGUAAAAUAUUGGGAAGAGCUAUGUUGAGCAAUCAGCAGCAAGCAGUAAACAAAGUGGUAGAAGCAUGGGUGGAAAGGGAAUAGACCAAGCUAAAUGAAGUGAAAUAAAACCUCUUAUUAGAAGCGAGAGGUUUAAGAUAUGCAUUAUGCUGAAGCAAUCUGAGCAAUUGAGAAAGGAAAAGGGAAUGUGUUAUAAAGAAAACAAAAUCACUUUAUAAGAAAGUGAAAAACAUUAACACCUCACUUAAAGUAGUUAAGCAAGACAUAAUAGUAGGACUAAAGAAAAAAAUGUAAAUUCAAUUUAACCAGUAUUGAAAAACAAGCUAUGAUUGAGUUGUUAAAUGAUGAUGAUAUAAGUAUAAGACCAGCAGAUAAAGGUUUGGGAAUAGUGACAAUGAACACAGAUGACUAUAUUAAAUCUGUAGAACGUGAAUUAAAUAAUACGGAUACAUAUGAAGAAGUUAAAAUCAAUACGAUCAAUAAAUUGGUAAAAGAGGUUAAGGACAUGCAGAGAGACUAUACAAUAAAGGCAUUAUAUCAAAAGAAUUUAAAAAAAAUACAUGCAGCCACAUAAUGCAAGAACAGGCCUAGCAAGAGGAAAUCCUAAAAUGCACAAAGAAAAUCACCCUAUGUGAAUGAUGGUCAGCACAAUUGAUAAUCCAACACAGAUAAUAUUUGGCAUGUUUAAAAAAGUCAUCAGCAUAUUUGACCUUUGGGACUGUUUUAGUAGACCUGGGCAAGGCGGUAACGAGGCCAGUACAAAAAUGACCACUUGGGUUAAACUUGGUAUGUGCACUAGGGAUUUCUUCUCCGUCAAGACGUCUCCAUUGCAGAUUUUUAACAAGCUCACAGUUUCAUGGCAAAACAAAUUACCAGGGCACAGCCCUGCCUCUUGUAACAGGCCUCAGCAAUACCAGUGUGUAAUUUUGCUGGUGACUUUUUAAAAUAUGUUUAAAAAAAUAAAACUGAAAUAAAUUAUGAUUAAUAGCAUAUGUCAUGGGGAUAAUACAUGGAUACAACAUAUUAUGCAAAUUCAGAAGGUUUACGGUAUUCCUUUAAAGAUGACAAUAACUUGUCCAUAGGUUGGACUUUAAGCCGACAGCCUUUUUUCAUUAGGAAACUGCCAUGUCAUAUGAACAAAAAAACAAAAAAACAAAAAAAACAUGGACUAAAAAUGGUUCAGUAGUCAACAUUAUACUUUUUUUUUGCUUUGUAACCAAACAUUGAUGUUCUGCCGUAGAGUAAUGUAACCAUUUCCUGUUCACUGUAAGUAAUCCAUUUCAUGGAUUUUGGCACCAAGUAAACACAAACCCAACACGCCACCACUCCGGUACAGAAAAACCUCUUCUAUUGUUUUUGUUGUUUGUUUUCUAAAUUAUUAUUUUAAAAUCAGGAUUAUGUUUAGCUUGGUGUGUGGGUUAUCUGGUUGCUUAUGUUAAAUAACUUGACAGGCUUUGUAUAGGGGCCAAAGUCCAUUGUGCUAAACUUGCAUCUUAUUGUUCUUGAAAAAACAAAUACUCUUCAUGUAAAGCAGUAGUUUGAAACCUUGGCUGUGCUAGAUCCCUGUUCAGUUGUUAUGGUUAAAUACAGUUCUAAAACUAGAAGCCUGACUACAUACAGUAUGAAAUGAUCUCUGUGCCUCACAGAAGUAGAAUUAAGGCUGCUAAUUAGGUUUAUUUAAAUGUGUUGAUGUGUGUCAUUGUCAUGAUGACAGCAUGAUAUCCCUCAGUCUCUAAAUCACUAAAUAUAAUGGCAAUUAAUAAUGGGUUCAGCUCUAGUCUUCAUUAUUUUAAGUUUUUGAACUCCACCAAGCAAAAAUGAAGGAAAUGUAGACAGCAGACUUGUAGACAAGUCCGAGUCACUAUAAUUGGAGUCCAAGUCCUAAGCCUUGAAACAAACUCAAAUCAAUUUUCAUUAAACUAGUGGUAGCAGUGGAGGAACAGUUUACCUAACAGACGUUGUCUGAUAUCCCUCAGGAAAAAUGAAAAAAAUAAAAAGGAUGAUUUCGGUUUAUUUUUUCUAGAUAGAUUAUUCUAUUUGCAUGUCUUAUUCAACUUGGCUGUCAGUAUCUUUUGUUUUGGAAUUUGAAUACUGUUUGAAUGUACCUGAAGUUUAUAGAUAAGUUUCAAGUUCAAGUUUGUGGAUGUUGUUUUUUCACUUUGAUAGAAGCUUUGGCUUCAAUUCAGGUAAAAUCUGAAUUCCAGACAUGGCUGGAACUGAAUAUAUACUGUGUUUUUAAAUAGAAACAUUAGUAUUAUUUGUAUUAUUUGUUUUGCAAAACAGAAACGUUAUGUUUCACUUUCAUUGCAUUUGCACUUCUAUUAAGUUUGUAAUACAAUGAUGCAUUUAAGAGAUUCUCUUUUACACAAAACAUAUUUAUGUAUUUCCCCUUUGUGUAGGUUCAUAAUGGAAUCACACAUGAAGUUCACACAGACAGAUUUCUAGGUUGACACUGCUUUAUAAUACUGUAUAGUGCAGCCAGUACAGUCUAGAGCUGGGGAAGGAAAACUGGACGACUCGUUCUUGGGGUCGGGUCGGGUUUAUUAUUCUGGACCCAUGGAGAUGGACUUACCAUACUGCAUGGACUUGGACGUUAUUUCUGACUCUGUAUUAUUAUUAUUGUCCAUUGUGUGUGCUCUGUUUUCUGUUGCGCACUCGCUUUUUCUCUGUUUUUGUUGCUCUAUAGUUCUUCGUAUUAUCUUGUAUUCUGUUAGGAUUUGUUGGCGUUUAAUGACAGUGGAAGGAGGCUUUUUCGGGGGUUAUACUUUUGUUGUUUUCUAAUAAGACAAUAAUUGCGCUUUUUGUUAGUUAUAUUGCUUUAGAUAUGGAUAGUCACAUAUUGUUUACCAUGUUGUCGGUUUUCCUUUGCGUUUGCUCUCUGCAUUUAUGCACAGCGUAUUGUUAAUAUGUUUUCCCCUCAUUUAAUAAUAAAUACAUUUUUACUAUCAA